AUGAAGGGGACUCUGAAAUCAAUCGGCCCUCGCUUCCUUCUUCGGCAAAGACCCCCAACUAAGGCCAGAGCAUUCUUUGCCAGUCAAGCCCAAACUGGAGCUUGGUCGUCGUUGUCAGCGGACGAACAAGCCGCCUGGAAGACCUUUCACUAUGACAGAGAUUCUUGGGAACGCCGACGACCAGCACCCGAAUGGAAACAGUGGGACCGUCUCACGUUGGAAGAAAAGGCAGCGGCCAUGUACGGAUUGAAGAUUCACAACCAAAAAGAAUGGGAUCAAGCAGCACCUUCCUUCCAUGGUGAUAUUCCACCCUUGUCUAGUUUGCUACUAGAAGACAGCGACGAUGAUGAGAACGACGAAACUGCAAAUGCCCUGGUGGUAGCGCAAGAAACACGGUUGGCCCGACAACAGCAGCAACAACAACAAUCCAAUUGGCUGGGGCAAAUGGCGUAUUCCACCAUCAAAGGGUUGGCACCCGUGGCCGGCCCCUUGCUACGGAAUGCGGCAAACCACAGCCGUGGGGCACUGGGCCUGUCCCUGGCGGGAAGUCUGUUGGAAUCGUUACCCACCAUUAUGGAUGCUUCCAGUGGCGUGCUGCACAUUACUGGAAUUGAUACGUUAAUAUAUCUCGAUGACAGUGCCAGCAUGGCGGGAAGCAAUCUACGAGAGGGACAAAAAGCGUUGCAAAGUCUCGAACAGCGUCUCAAAGCUGACGACGACCAACGAUUUUUGCCCACACGCAUUGUAAAGUUUGGAAUUCACCCCACCAUUUUGAACCCUUCGGAAGAAGAUUGGAAUGCUUCUCUGGUCAACUUUGCCUGGGAUGGUAGUAGUGGUGGAACGUACAUGUGGAAAAUGAUUCAAGACGACAUUCAGGCUCGGUACAGACCGGCAGGAGGCAAGCUGCGGAUCGUGGUCAUCACGGAUGGAUACGACAAUAUUUCCCCCUCACCUUACAAUGGAGUGAGAGGUUUUGAUCCAUUGAUGCAGACUCUGUUACAGCUUGGCUAUGACAUUGAAUGGAACAUUAUUGUCGUGGGAAACAACAGUCCUGGAGCAAUGUUGCAGAUGCACCCAGAGCUUUCCACCCGAGACCAGGAACUCUACAAAAACCUGUGUGAAGCAACGGGAGGGCAUUUCUUGUCCUUGGGCGCGGGAGGAUGGGAUGAAGAUGACAACCAAGUGGCCAACUUCUUAGAGGCUGUGGAAGAUUCUGGAUUCUAUGAUUCGGAACAGGAUCGUCGAGAGAGGCAAGAACGUUACCAGAUAGAUGCUCGUAGAGGCAAGGCAGACAAGUUCGAUUGGCUCCCUACCUUGUCGGACAAGCAUGAUGACAAACAGUGA